CCUGUUUAUCGAUGCGUUCUUCCUUCGAGUUUGUUGCCUGUAAGAAGCUAAAGUUUGUCUUAACAGCUGGCCUGCUCCGCACAAAGACCCCGUUGGUUUAUUGUGGUCCUGGACUGAGGGACCACCGAGGCCCUGCUGACGACUUAAUCCUUGUUUUUGUCGGUUUGUCAAUAUAGAUCAUGCAAUAAUCACAGAUACCGAAGUAAUAUGAUUGCGCUAUAAAUACAAAUCCUUCAUUUCGCAAGGCUAGCAGCUCUUUUCUGUCGCUUGUGUGACCUGUUUGGUGCCGAACAAGUUUAUUUACUUGAUCGCUAUUUAGAUAAUUCGGGCUGGUGGAACUGAAAUACAGGCUUGGGUUGGUCGUGCAGGCCAUGGGUCACAAAUGUACUCAUAAAUGAUGUUUUAGAUUAUGACUACGCAGCCUAUUUCAGAGUUUAUACUGAUUCAUAAUUACGCACACGGGGGCUUUAUGAGAUACAUAUAUGGCUUGACUGCAGUGGUUGUUUCUGUUGCACAAGAGCAACUCGGCAGCGUUUCAGGGAAUCAACCAGCAUCUCACGUCCAAUUUGAUUUAUUUGACCAAUAGACCUUAAAGCAAGCUGUGUGCUGAGCCACUCUUCCUCUCUGUUUAAAACAUCAGUUUUACAAUUCAUAUUAUGUUUUAUGUUCUUUAUUACGCACAGAUAUGGUUUGAAACAUAUGUCAUGUUUGCAAAAUAGAUAUUUAAUGUACAUCUGACUUCCUUUAAUGAGAGAUGAAGUGGUUACACAGCAUGUGCCUCUAUUAAUUCUUGGAGGUUAAAUUUAGCAUAAUGCAUCUCUGUAGUUCAUGUCAAAAUACAUAAAUCACCUCCACCACCAGCUAAUAACUCAUUCUAGCUGUCUCCUUGAAGCACAAACAUGCUUUCACAUUUUUCAUGAAAAUCCCUUUCAUCUGGCCAAGGAUGUCAACAUGCACUGGAGGAGAAGCUGCUUUCAGUGCGCUUUGGAUUAACAUGGAGUAUAAUUUUGAACCAGCUAUGCAUUUUUAGAGCACUUGCAGGCCACAGGACCUAGAGGGUUGGUUUUGUCGAGUCCGCCAUGUAUGUAUAGAUACUUUAUUAUCCCACGAACAGAAAUUCCCAAAUAUUAUUAUAAUAUGUAUUUUAAAGGUCUUCAUUUUUGUAGAGCGUUCGUGAUUCAACCAAGUGAUUUUAUCUCAUAUAUUGAGCUUUUUUUGUUGUUCAUAUGGUAUAUUUUCAAUAUUUAAGUUAUAUAGCCAUGCAAUCCAUCCAUUUGUUGCUUAAAAUGUAAGCAAAACCUAAAAAAUGGGGCCUUUAAAAAAGGCCAAGAAGAGAUAGAUUUAAAAAGUGAUGAUCAUCAAAAAACAGCAGAAUAUAAUCCGAACAAUAUUUUUCUGAAUGGUGCACAAACAAAACUGUAGCUUAAACAAUAACUUCAUUGAUGCCUGGAUGUCCAAGAACGGCUGCUUUAUAAGUGAGGCUUGCAGGCACCUGAAUGUUACACUGUUUACAACAAGCGGUGGAGGAAUGAGAGUCGACGUGUGAGUGAGUCAGAUGCAGCAGAUGUUUCUCGCUCACACUUGGGUGACCACUGCAGUACAGAAAUCAUCAGGAGUUUUACAGAAAUGCGUUUAAAAAUACAGUUGUUUGGAGGAUGUGUUCAGACUAAAAAGGUGUAUAACCCUGUGUUGUGGGCUGUGGAGGCGAAGAUCCAUUUGGUGAUGAGCUUUACAGUAUGUGAUUGACCGGUGGAUUUGGGCUGUUUAGUCAUGAGAACCAAGCUGCACAAUAGAUGUGUUCCAGGCGUCACCUGUUCCACCACAUAACAGUAGAGAAGAGGGUUGUGAGGGUUGGAUAGUCUGUCCAUAGAGCUACAGGAGGGUAGUCAGGUUUAUUCAAGUAAUGGAUAGAUGAUAGAUGGGUGUUGUUUCUUUGGGAGUGAAAUACAGUGUCGUCAGUAAUUAAUAUUAUUAACUCCAUUUGACAUGAAUCCAUUAGAGCUCCUUUAUGAAUUACAUAGUGAAAGAUUUUUACCCGCCGGGAUCGAGCAGUAAUGAAAGUGUGUCUAAGAUAAAUGAAUGAUCGAUCUUUGCUAUUGACAUGUGAAACUUUCACAAGAGUCACCUGAAUAAAUGAAGCGUUCUAGAAAGAACAAUGGCCGCUGAACAGCAUAGAUUUCAAACUAAGAUGUAUGUGGAGGUGGCAGAGCAAGUUUUGUGUGCUUAAGAGACAAGUAGUCGAGUCAAGCAUGGCAAUCAGAACAUUUUACAAUUUAAAUGUGAAGAGUAAGAAAAAAGAAAAAAUGUAUGAUGGAUGUUUUAAAAAGAAGAAAUGCUUUCAAAGACAAAUAAAUAGCUUUUAACUAGCUGUGAAUGAAGUUCUUCCCUGUGAGGUUUUCCUGAAUUCUAAAUGUCAUUCUCCUUGUUAUGUUUAAUGCCCAGUUUGACCAGCUACUGUGCUGAAAUCCCUCCACAUGGUUCUGCUUCAUCUUCCAAUCCAAAUUUCCCCAUUGUGGGAAUAUCACUGUGCAUGACUGAUGAGCUGACACUGUCCGUCAAUCAACAUUAUUAUUAUGAGCGUCGUAAAACAAGGCUCUCUUUGUGUCUCUUUGUCACAUGCUAUUUCUUUCUACUCCAGUUUGUGUAGAAAAAGGGAAAAGUGCGGAAAGGGAAAAUAGUCCCCGAUGACAGAUGACAGCUUCGUGGAUGGCAGCGGUUUCCUGCUAAUGUAAUGUCAUCAUGUCUGUCUAUGUACCCCAAUCUUUAUGUUUCUGUUAAGACGCAUUUCUGGUGGAAAUGGCCAGAAAUACCUCCAGAAAGUAUGCAAUAAUCAUGACCCCAGUCUUUUUCUAUUAUUUGCAUAAGCUGAUCCAGCAUGAGGCAGGAAUGCUUGUACAGCGUUUACUGAGCUAUAAAGCAGUAUGGUGAGACGAGGACGUCCAAUGCUGCUUUAGUGGAACUUUGACAUGCUGGCCUGUUUGCCGGCAUCAAGCGAGCCUCACAUCCUCAAACUUCUCUCCCGCUCGCAGAUGAACACUGGACUUCAGAAAUGGGAAACUACACAGAAGAUGAGAUCUGCCAAUUAUCCGACCCCAGCAGAGUUGGAUGCCUAUGCUAAGAAAGUCGCCAACAGUCCUCUGACCAUCCAGAUCUUCCCGAACAGCGUCAAAGUACCUCAAAGGAAGCACAUCCGCCGCACCGUAAACGGCCUUGACACGUCGUCGUCCAGCCAGAGACACAGCCCCUACCACUCUCAGGUCAGUGCCAGCGGUGGCCUCCUGGCCGUUCUGCGAGCCCCCGCCAAGAGCAUCUUCAAAGAGACUGACGGCGGCCGCAUCCGCCAACUACACAAGGCGACGAUGAAUCCUCACGGUGGAGCAUACGCUGCUCACAGCACUUUAAACCUCCCUCAGCAUGCACCUCACCUGCCAGACCCAUCACAGCCCUUGAGCCAGGCAGCCCUCAAGCAAGGCAUGAUGCACUCGCAGCAGCAGGGCAUGGCUCACCCCAUGACUCUACAUCAGCCACAGUCGUUGCAGAACUCCCAAGCUUUACAGCAGCGGAACAUGGCUCAUGCACAAGCGCUGCAGCGGCAACAGAGCUUGACCCAGGUCCAACCUGGACAGCAGCAAAGACUAGCUCAGGCCCCGGGCAUGCAGAGGCCUGCCCAGGCUCUCCCGCCGCAGGAGAGACCCCCAGCUGUGCCGCCGCAGCAACAUCUAUCUCAUCUACCGACACUGAAGCAUCAGACUGCUCCACAAGCUUUACUCUCCCAACAGAGCGUGACUCAGGAUCUGUGCCACAUGUCUGAGGGAACUCAACUUCAGGGCCUUCAGCACAACCAGGGGCUGGUAAGUUCACAGCUCCUCCCUCAGACUGUGGGCGGUGGCCCACCGAACAUGCCGGGUGGCCUCCAACAGGCUCCACCUGGAAUGUACGGGCCCCGUAAGCUCCCAGACGCAGAUGCCCCACCAAAUGUAACUGUAUCUACCUCCACCAUCCCGCUUUCUAUGGCAGCCAGCCUGCACCAGAACCGGCCCAGCGACCUGAGCAGCAUCGUGCACCAAAUCAAUCAGCUGUGCCAGGCCCGGGCAGGCAUGGGCGGCACCUCCGUCUGUGAGGGACAAAUCGCAAACCCGAGCCCCAUCAGCCGAAACCUGCUGAUCAACGCCAGCACCCGAGUUUCAUCCCACCACAUGGGUGUUGGGUCCAUGCCCAGCUGCCUCCUCAUGGGAAACCCAGACAAAACCCCAGCUCUUGCUGGUCCCAGUGUUGCGCUCCACUCACAGCCCAACACGUCUGCGGCCAACAGUCUACCUGCCUUUCACUCUGAUGCCGAGAAGGUGCAGCUGCAGCAGCAGCAGCAGCAGCAGCAGCAGCUACAGCAACAUCUGCAGCAACAGAAACAGCAGCAACAUAUACAGCAACUCCAGCAGCUGCAACACCAACAGCAGCAACAACGCUCGUGGGCUCAACAUCAACUGUCCCACAUGCAGCAGCCUCCUGAAGGGGCCCACCCUUGCAAGAACCCUAGAAUGGAUCCUCCAGCAGAGUGCUCCUUCCCCUCUCAAAAUCUGACCUAUCCUCGCAAAAUGCCCAACACGGCGCAGUCGUUCCCCUUGAAACAUCCUCCUGAAAAGACACGCCCCACCUCCCCUGUCAACUGCCCCGUGGGAACGAUGCCUUACGUCAACGGCCAGUACAUGCAGCCGCAAUGGAGUGGCCUCCCUGGCCCUGCCGGAAACAAUGUAUCUGGAGCUCAGGAGAUCCCAUUGGCCUUCCAGGGGCAGCAGCCCGCUGCGUCUGCAGGCCGUGUCCCUGGCGCCAAAUACCGACCUGGAAAGGAGGCACCUGCUGGUCAGUCUAAGUUGAUGUCCAAUGUGGAAUAUCUGAGCGGGGACUUUCAGAUGCCCGGCUUCCGCGAGCAAAACAUGCACGCGAUUGAGAAGAUGCACCGCUCAGCAGUUGGCCAAGACCCGGCGAACGGCAGCGGUAUCCACGCUCAUCACCCCGGCUACCGAUAAAGCAAAAUGUAAACGUAGUUUUUUUUUGUUUGUAUCUGGUGAUUUGAGUUGGACCCGCCGGACUGUGAUGUUUCUCCCUCAGGUCUUAAGCCAUGUCCUACCUUUGUUGCAGAUGAAGGGUUUUUAUUUUUUAUGUUGUUCCACUGUUUGAUAGACUUCCUCCGCUGAUCACUGGCAUGGACGCGCUGCUCUAGGUCGAUACGCUGUUCGGUCGGUGGACGUCAUCGUUGAGCGUUUGUUGCCUUACAUUUCCCCAUAGGCCAGAUUUGACCAUGCUACUCGCCGUUACGACCGCAGGAUGGGGACUGUUUUAUGCAAUCGACUAGUUCUCUUUAAGUUUUUGUUGACGACCUGCGCUGAAGCUCGACCGUUAGGAUCACCUUUGGUUUUUUUUUUCUCAAGAUCUCACAUUGACCUUCUGCUGUUUGAUCCUACUUGAACUGCCGACAUUCACUUUUGAUGUUUAGCCGCUACAGAAGGGGAUCAGCUGUUAGUCGCCCACUGAGUUGUUUCUCUGCGAUGAUAGAAGUCAGAGAAGUCUAACGUUGUCUGACCCGCCUUCAUGAAAUAGCCUUAAAUCUGACUCGUGUUUGAACGUGAGAAAGGGCUUCGGUUCUGGCUCUAUCUGCGCCAUCGGGUUCAUGCGUCUAGACAGCGGCGUCGAGAACUGGAGCGCCCUCUAGUCUGACCCGUUGCCUAUCAAGAUGUUUUUAUGACUAAAAUAGUAUCUAGCGUGACAAGUAGGUCUGUAGUUCAGGACUGUAGCAGUUGUUUUCUAUCGGUUGUGAAUAAAUAUCUUGAUUAUAGCUUAAUUUAUUAUUUGUGGACCACUGCAUCCUGAAGCCAUAGCUGUUCUCCUGUCAGGUGCCAUAGACCCCGCUGGGGCGUCCCGCGCCCGCAGGUCUGCAUCCCUGCUUUAUUCUUCCGUGACGUCUCUCUGGUUCCGUCCAGGAGACCCGAGACAGAAAGUGGAUGCGAGCGUAAGCCUUUCUGGACUCUGAUCGUCAUACUUGACCGCAGUUUAUUAUUAUUAUUAUUAUUAAUAUUAUUAUUUUUAUUUCUCUCCUGGCUCUCAAGUUUGACGUGCCUGCCCCUCGAAGCUGCUAUUGACUCUAAUCUUUACACUAGUAUUUGUGUGCGUGUGCGUAGUGAUAACGGGCUGUCGUCUGUGGACAUCGAUGUAUUUAUACUGUGGGCGUUGCCGAAAACUGCCACAACUCGUGUUGCAGGAACUCAAUCUGGGAUUGUUUACUGUCUGGAUUAUGGAGGAAGCAACUAAAGAGUUUGGCCGCAGCCCGACUAUGUCAGGUUCUACAGUUUCAUAUGAAGUGCCUCCUCUGGGCUAAAGUAUGGAGAAGUGUGUGUAUGUGUGUGUGUGCGGGAGCGCGUGUGUUCAGCUUGGGUACUUGCACACUGAAGUGCACGCUGACAAACGUGCACGGAGUUAAUCUGAUGGGGGACCAAGCUACUUAGUGUAACUACUGAUACUGUGUCAUGGACUGAAGUCCGCACGUGUGCCACGACUCCCAGACGCCGUCGGGAUGUGCGAACUGUUUGCUGCUGACUCGCCGACCAAAGUGACCGAGCGUCUCCGUCACCACCACCGGCCCACCCGCUCCCCUGCCAGUCUUAAGUCUUGCUGAUGAAAUUUUGUUGCAGAGACCUCACACAGUUGGGUCCUCUCAAGUCUGCUGUGCUUUUAGACACUUCACUGAGUGGUGCGGCAUCAUUUGACACCUUUAUUUUUUUUUUUUAAGGAGGUGCCAUCGGUUUUGAGGGAUCACGCUUCACACAAAAUCCACAAACACAUUUUCAUUUCACUUUGUAGUCGUCACGUUCAAAUGAAUUCAACACAAACGUGGGACUGGAUCUUGGAGUGGUACACAGUCUGCAGGCUUGUUACUGCAGCUGUUGUACGUUCAACAGAUUAUGUUCUCUUGUUUUCACUGUCACCAAGAGUAGCCACCUCACACGUUGACCUCAGCUGUGGUGAAGUAACUGGUCGAUUAAACGGAAGAUGGAUUGAAUCAACGACACACUAUCGCCCCGCUUUUGCAGCGAUCUGUCCGCCAUGUCGCAGAGCACUUGCGCAUGUAUCGGAAAGUUAUCGUCAAAGUCGAAUCGAAUCUCGACCCGAUGGACAGACCUUGUUCGCGUCAAUCUCAUCAUGACUGCGCUGUAAUCGCGCUUCCGAACCCGUAGCGACUCCUGAUCACUUAUUUAUUUGCAUUGACUGACUCACUCUGAUAUUACACAACCGGGUUGGGGUCACCCUCACGGCCCGACCACAGCGUCUCGUUUCAUCAGCUGGUUAAAACUGGCAGGUUGGCGUCGAGCUGACGAAUCCCUCUAAAUAAAAUGAGUACUGAGCUCAAAAAUAAUCCAGAGCGGCUGGUUCCUGCUUGUAAUCCUGGCUGCCGUAACAUGAGUUUAGUGACGACUGAAAAAAAGAACACGAACAAAGAUCUCUGGAUUAUUUUUGCUCUGCGAUGAAAGGUGAAGCGCCGAGAGGCUUCACAUCUGGACUUUCUGAAAAUGUAAUGUUCCAGUUUUGCUGAAUUUUCAGGAAUUAAAAACUGUCUUGCACAACAUUCCCCCCUUGACCCCCCCCAACCAAAAUAAAGUUUGCAAACACAUGCUUGGUUUGUGUUCUUUUCUUUUAAUGCACAAGUCGACACCAGAAGUAUUCAGAAGUUUCCUCUGCAUACAGAAAUGCUUGUUUCUUUCUCUUUUUUCACUCACUCAUUCUUUUGCUUUGUCGUCAAACUCAACAGA